AUGUCGUCCACUGAAGCUAAGACGGUCGUCCCGAAUACAUCCGACGGGGAGACUUCCGAGAUGGAUGAAGCUAAGACGGUCGCGCCGAAGACCUCCGACGGGGAGACGUUCGAGGUGGAUGAAGUUAAGACGGUCGUCCUGAAGACCUCCGACGGGGAGAAGUUCGAGGUAGAGGAGGAGGUCGCCGUCGAGUCGCUGAAGAUAAAACACGUAAUUGAAAAUGAAUCCGCCGGCACCGUCAUCUCGCUUCCCAAUGUCUCGUCGGAGGUGCUGACGAGGGUAAUUGAGUACUGCAGGCGUCACGCGUUCGGGGAGUUCGAUGACACGUUGAAGGAUUACGACGCCGAGUUCGUGAAGGUCGACAACGAGCUGCUAUUUGAACUGAUCUCGGCUGCCCACUCCUUGAACAUCCCAGGGUUGCUCGAUAUCACGUGCCAAGCUGCGGCCGACAUGCUCAAGGGAAUGACACCCGAGGAAGUCCGUGCUACUUACAAUAUCACUAACGACCUCACCCCGGAGGAGGAAGAGGAAAUUCGCAAGGAGUACUGGUGGGCCUUUGGGCAGCUGUAG